AUUAUCGUAAUAGAUGGUUAGGGGGUAGGGGGUUAUGUUUUGCAUACAUUUCGUGCAUUUUUUUUCUUAGAAAAUGCAUUUAAGAACGUUUUAGUUUUGGGGGGCAACUACCCCACCCACCGCCACCGCCAAGGCUACGUACGACCAUAAUUUAAUCAUGACCAGAUCAAAAGACGGUUUUAAAAUGCCAUCGACUGAUCAUUAAUCAUUCAGGAUCACAGGCAAAAUGAAGUUCGAUGAUAUUUUAAGGACGGUUGGUGAGUUUGGGCCUUACCAGCGUCGUCUUUUUGCCAUCGUUGUCUUGAUAAAUUUCAUUGUUUCCUGGGCAACGAUGGUGGCCAUUUUUCUCAAUGCAUCUGUGGACCAUUGGUGUGCGACCCCAGAAUGGGACUCAGGAUGCGAGCAGUAUGGACUAUCAGAAGAACAGUGUGAACUAGCCAAAAAGACCGGUAGUAUCCCAUCGAACUAUACAUCAGAUGGAAAGCUGGAAUACGCACAGUGCGAGAAAUAUAAUGUGUCAGGAGUGGGAUUCUGGUCUGGGAUUGAUCCAUCCAAUUACAGCAGCGAAACGAUGUCAUGUGACAGUGGAUGGGUCUACGAUGACAGCCAAUACGAAUCAAGCACCGUGUCUGAUUUUGAUCUCGUAUGUGGCAGUGAAGACCUUACCCAGGUUUCUCAGUCUAUAUUCUACGGAGGAUUCCUGGCUGGUUCUAUUCUCUUUGGUAUUCUGUCAGAUAUCAUUGGACGAUGGUGGACUCUUCUCAUCUCCAACAUUAUCGCUGUUGCUUCUGGAAUUGCUAUCGCCUUCUCCCCAAACUGGUGGUUCUUCGCUACAAUGCGAUUCUUUAUGGGAUUUGGUAACAUUGCAUUCAAUAUCAUCUUGUACAUCAUAGGAACGGAGUAUAUAGGACCAUCAAAAAGGAAUCUAGUGAUAUUAGCAACCAUCUCUUAUGCUCUGGGAUACAUGUUCCUAGCACUACCAGCGUACUUCAUACGUUCAUGGCGUACAUUGCAACUGGUGAUCACUGUCCCACUUAUCCCCGUAUUUCUUGCUUUCAUAUGGCUGCCUGAGUCUGCAAGGUGGUUGAUCUCUUCCGGGAAAUACGACGACGCCGAAAAGAUCAUCAACAAAGUGGCCGAAGUCAACAAGGCCGAGCUUCCGAAACCACUCUUUACAAAGGAAUUCAUCGAAGAACAGGAUGAGAUUCGCAAAGCUCGUCGUCCAACCUUCAUUGAUUUGGUCCGCACACCAAGAAUGAGACUGAGGACAAUAAAUAUGGCCUAUAUAUGGAUGGUGAAUUCCCUUGUCUACCAUGGCCUGUCUCUCAAUAGCUCGAACCUGGGAACCAAUGAUUACGUCGCCUUCGCCAUUUCUGGCGGCAUCGAGAUCCCAGCAUAUCUCAUGGACGUCGUCAUCGUCCAGGUCUUCGGUCGGAGGCUCAGUCUUUCCUUUUGCAUGAUGCUGGGCGGUCUUGCUUGUCUUUCAACUGCCUUCAUACCCCCUGGUGCUGUCCUAACCACCGUUGCUAUGAUAGGCAAGUUUGGAAUCUCAGGUUCAUUCACCAUCAUAUACCUCUACACAGUGGAGCUUUACCCUACAAACGUCAGGGGUGUGGCUAUCGGUAGCUGUUCCAUGUUUUCUCGGAUCGCUGGUAUAGUAGCGCCUCUCAUUCUCGUACUCGACAAGUACUGGGCACCCCUCCCCUUGGUUAUCUACGGGUCUGUGUCUGUCUUGGCGUCCCUGACCGCACUUGCCUUGCCCGAGACACGGGGCAAGAAGCUUCCCGAGACGCUCGAGGAAGGGGAACGAUUCGGAUUGAAGAAUGACAUGGAUGAGAACUCCAGUGACAGAGAUUCCGAGUAUGACGUUUGUGACGCCAAGAAGGCAAAUGAUGUAUCCAAGGAGAAUGGAAACACAUUGGACAUCUCAAAUGGAGUCACCCACGAUAACCCAGUUUUCGAAAUGGAGGACGAGGGUGGAGAGAAGGUCAUGUGAUUCACCAAGUCUCAUCAGGAGCAUAACCAAUAGACUUGUUGCCUUAUCCAGGUGGUAUCCCCUGCAGGGAUUGCCCCAUUAUACAUUUUCUGUUCGAAGAUAGGCAUGAGAGGGAGAGUGUUCGCAACUAUAUAGGUAUCACAGGCCUAAUUCAUUUCCCAUAGACUCGUGUGUUAAAGUGGCACUUAAAAAAAAAAUCAUAAAAAAUAAGGAGGAAAUUCGAGGGUUGAAUGUUUACUACCAGUGGACAGGAUAUAUGUCUGAGAUUCCAUAUCUGACCAGAAAAGGGUACAUCGACCGGCUCAUUUUAAAAAUAAAACGGCACUUAUGAAGACUACACCCGACAGGAUCAAAUUCAUUACUUGAGAGAGUAAAAUGGCCCUAAUUCUUCCGCCAGUAGAAAAAUGGUUCCAAAGUAGUGAUAUAUCUUUCCAAUUUGGAAAAAGGAAGUUCAGUAGGUACCCUCCCUAGAAUCAGUGUUAGAUUGUCAAUCAUAUUCAUUCAUGUUUGUCAAUCAGCAAUAUCAAAUUUCAAAAUUGAGCAAUGGGUUGGCUCGAAUGAAUAUCUUUGGCCUGCCAAUUGUAAUUAGGCCCGUGUGACCUCAAAAAGCCGGAGAGAGCUACGUAUACAACGCGCUCUUAUUAUUGAGGUCACUUAUACCGUGUUUACAUGUGAUCGGCUUUUGGUUCAGAACCAAAAUCCGAUGCAGAAUCGGCUUUUGGUUUAUCUUGCACCGCGUUUAUACGCUGUUACAGCUCGCGGUGCAGAAUCGGCUCGCGUGUCAAAAACCUGAAAUGAUACGCACACCAACAAUAUACGUCAUAAUAAAGACAACGCUGCAUCCGUGCGCUUACAAUUACGUCACAAUGGUAAAGUAAAUGAAAUGCGAACCAAUUGCCGAUGCAGAAUCGGCUUUCUGUUUACACGUAGUAAAAAAAGCCGAUUCUGCAUCGGCUCGCGGUUCUGAACCUACUACUUUGGUGGUGCAAAAUUCUGAACCGAGAGCCGAUGCAAGUUAAUCGCGUUUACACGCUAUGAAAAUGCCGAUGCAAAAGCCGAUCACAUGUAAACACGGUAUAAAGUACCCCAAGGUCAAGAGCGCGCACAAAGUUCCUCGCUUUUUUUUUCUUAUACGCGUUGGUAUGGCCCCAUAUAUUGUUAAUUGUGUCAUGUAGCACUUUUGCUGUAGCUUCAAGCCAAGGUCGUGUGAGCGGAAACAUAAAACGAGCUCCAUCUAGCUAUUUUAAUAUAUCGAUGGGAUUCAUUCGUCCUGGGUUGUGCACCUAGUCUGCUGUGCAACCGGCGGGCUGUGCAAACCCUUCACUCGAAUUAAGGGUCUGAAUGUGCAGCCUACUCAUGCCUUGUGUACUGAAUAGUCUACUGUGCAAACCCUUCACUCGAGUAAAGGGUCCGAAUGUGCAGCCUACUCAUGCAUUGUGUACUGAAGGCCCUCUCGCUAAGGAAUUGGAACAGCAAGUUUUGUAUGUCCUAGUCUUUGCGUAAAGACACACUUGUUAAUCAAAGUUUCAAUCAGGGUCUAUGCCUGCAGACUAUAAACCAGUUCGUAGUUACUUCAUGGACAAUUUUGGUCAAAUGACCUUUCAUUCCUUUCAUUAUGAUAGGCAGAUUUCAAAGCAAGAUAUUACAUAAGCAUGCCUUACAUAGCAGGAUGAAGAAAUUGAAUAGACCAGGUGACUAGAAUAACACACCAAUGAACAUUUUAUGAAGGUAUUCGUUGCAUUUCUAGUUUGAAUGCAUAUUAUAGCAUGUUGCACAAUGUACUUGGCAAACUGUGAAAUACCAGUCGUUCGUGGACGCAUUGUUGUUGUUUUUGUGGAAGUAAAUGAAAAACACAAUUCAAGAGAAUGUAUGAAUAAUCAAGACAUCAACGAUGGUGCUUAUCUCAUUAAAUUUUAAACCACCGUGUCACUUUAGUACCAAUGAUCUUUCUCUGAUCAUGCGCAGAAAGGAACUACGAACUUUGUUCAAAGGUAGGGCGAAUGUACUCACCAGCGCAGCGGGGCACCCUUGACAUGCCUGACUAUCAUGUAAGAGGUACGUAUACCUGCAGAGGAAGUUUCGAAUCUGAGAUCUACAAGGAUUCUGCGAGGAUAAUUUUUGUGCAUUCAUCCAGAAGUGAAUUGGUACUGAAGAAAAUGUGGGGAAAAUGAACAUGUCUUGUACGAACCGGUGAGUGCUCCUAGGAAGUUUACUGUUAUUAUUUCUAAUUCAAUGUCGAUUUGUAUGUCAAAUCAUCCACCUAUUUGCAGCGAUAACGAUUAUGAAAUCGCCGGGUGAAAUCGAUAACUCUAUAUGCAUUUUUGCCAAUGAUAGAUUGUACACCAGUUAUUCAGGGGCCCGAUGAAGGAAGAUCGAAAUUUUUGUGAAGGAAUAAUUGACAAAAUUGCGUUGACUCAUUGACUUUCAUUACUAUUAUUAUUGCCUAGAUAAAUUCCGCUUGGCCAUCAGAUUGUCCAAUAAUUGUUUUUGACAGUUUGUUGACUUUAUAAUAUGCCUACACAAUAAUAACGAAGUAUACUUAUAGCAACUUCCUCAUCCUUACUAGCAUCGGUCUCAUAAUAAAUGUAAACCGCUUAUUUUCUAGAA